AUGGGACAUUUGCCGGAUACCUUAUUUCAUAGCUUAAGUGUAUUGCCUUUUACAUUCGCUGUUACUAAUAUAGAUAAAGAUGAUUAUCAAAUAGAAGACGUGGUACCUUACCAAUCAAAUGUCAUUAUUAUGAGCUGCGCAACUAUAGAUGAAUUUGAAAAAGCUAUGAAAAAAAUCAUAACUUUACCUUACUGGCAUUCACUCGCAAACAUAAUUUUAUAUUAUCAUUCAAAAUUACAUAAAGAAACAAUUGCAAAAAUAUUUUUCAUUUAUUGGUUUUAUAGAGCAGUUAACGUUAUCAUUGUUCAAUACGAAGAAACUGAAAAAGAAAUGUUUAUUUCGUAUUAUAGCCCAUACAUGACAGAAAAUUACAUGGCAUCCCAUCUUGGAACUUGCCUUGGAUUUGAAACAGAAAAAGUCCUUUUUACGAAUUUGAAUUGGAUACAAAAAUUUAAUUUGUUUGAAGAUAAGGGAAAAAAUUUACAUGGUUUCACCUUUUAUGCGUAUACUGUCGAAGUCUUACCAUUUCUUAAGUUAGAAGAACAUGAAAAUGGAACUUACACAUAUCAUCGUAGAGAUGGAAUGAUAUGGAACACCAUGGCAGAGCUGUUAAAUUUUAAAAUAGAUAUAACCCCAGCAAAAAAAGCAAUUAAACAAAAGUUUGAUUAUGAAAUAAAUAUUCUACAAGUUUUUUCAUUUGCUCAAAGAAAGGCAGACUUGAUUUUGUUUCCGUUAUAUCAAUUCGACUUAAUAUUAGCGGAGAUAGAUUACACGGUCCCAUUUCUAGAUAGCGGCAGAGAGAAGGAAGUCGAUACUUUUGAAGAUGUGAUAAAAAAGGGUUACAAAAUUGAAGGAAUGGCCUCGCCUGACGUCGUGCUUCCAGACACGGAAGAAUCAUAUCGAAUUAUUACAUCCCGAAUCGAAGCUGUACCUGAUUUAUUUGGGUAUUUUGACAUCAAAGCGGAAGCUACAAUUAAACCAUUAGGAAUGGAUGAUCUUGGAGGAAUUUUCGAAUGCUACGGAUUUCUCCUAGGAAUAAGUAUCAUGGUUAUUAUGUUGGAAUUAUUAAUGGGUUUUAUUCACUGGACCAAACGUAAAUGUAGCAAAAAUACAAGAUAUGUAUAA